AUGGCAGACGUGGUCUUGAUAGACAAUGCGGAUUCUUUCACCUGGAAUCUGUACGAAUAUCUUUGCAGGCUCGGCGCCCAUGUGACGGUGUAUCGAUCGGAUCUGGUCAGUCUAGCAGAAGUGCUAGCGGCACAUCCCCAGCCUUCCCAUCUCGUCAUAUCGCCCGGACCCGGUCAUCCUCUUCGGGACUCGGGCAUCUCGAUACCCAUCCUGCAGCACUUCACAGGCAAAGUGCCCAUCUUGGGUGUAUGCAUGGGCUUGCAGUGCAUGUACGCUCAGUUUGGCGGCAUCGUCGACAGCGUGGGAGAGAUCAUUCAUGGCAAGACGAGCGCAGUCACACACGACGGCAAGGGAAUCUUCAAGGACGUCCCACAAGGCAUCCAGUCCACUCGCUAUCAUUCCCUAGCAGGCAAUCUGACCUCUCUUCCCGAUGUGCUGGAAGUCACCAGCCGCACCCAAGGAGGGGGCAUGACUGCAAACGGGCACGACGUCGUCAUGGGCAUAAGACACAAAGUCUAUGCCAUGGAAGCUGUACAAUACCACCCAGAGAGCAUCCUCUCCGAAGGCGGUCUCGCCAUUCUGAACAACUUUCUCCAGCUUACCGGUUCUACCUGGGCUGACAACCCACAAAGUGGUCUUGCUGCGAACAAGGACGCAUUGCCCAAGACGAAUGGUACUGCAAGCCAAGCACCUACAAUUCUCACCAAAAUCUUCGCCAGACGGCAAGCGGAUGUGGCAAAAGCCAAACGGACACCGGGCCGAUCUCCUGCCGAGCUCGAGUCCCAGCUAGAAUUGCACGUCGCGCCGCCGCUCAUAUCGUUCUACGAUAGACUUUUGCAAGAUGGCAGCUCGACCGCAGACGCAACAAGCUCACAAGCUAACAGCAAAGUAGCCCUGUUGGCCGAAGUGAAGCGUGCAUCGCCAUCAAAGGGCAACAUACUGCCUCCUGAUUCGGCCUUGUCGUCAGCCACGAUCGGCUUGCAGUAUGCCACUGCAGGCGCAUCCGCGAUCUCGGUACUCACAGAGCCUGUUUGGUUCAAAGGAUGUCUAGAAGACAUGCGAGCGGUGCGUAUGGUCGUGCAAGCACUGCCGAACCGGCCUGCUAUCCUGCGCAAAGACUUCAUCUUUGACAUCUAUCAAAUAGACGAGGCACGACUGUACGGCGCGGACACCGUGCUUCUCAUUGUCGCUAUGUUGGACGAUGCCACGCUGAAAAAGCUGUACGACCAUAGCUUACUACGAGGGAUGGAGCCCCUAGUCGAAGUCAAUAAUGCGGAUGAACUCAGGCGAGCGCUCGCGAUCGGCGUAAAAAUCAUUGGAGUCAACAACCGCAACCUACACGACUUCGAAGUUGACAUGUCCACUACGAGCCGGAUGGCAGAUGUCAUUCGCCAGCAAAGGGGCAAAGAGACUGCGCGCGAGAUCAUCCUCAUCGCUCUCAGUGGUAUCACAAGCAGGACAGAUGUGGAGCAAUACAUGUCGCAAGGCGUCGGUGCCAUACUCGUUGGCGAAUCUCUAAUGCGUUCAGAAGACAAAUCUGCCUUUGUACGGCACCUGCUCGGCAAGAAGCAGAACGGGCACACUGCACCAGCCCCUUCGCGGACACUCGUGAAGAUAUGCGGUGUCAAAACGCCUGAAGUCGCGCUAGCUGCUGCAAAGGCGGGUGCGGAUUUCAUUGGUCUCAUCUUUGCGCCAAAGUCGAAGCGGUUUGUUGACAUGCAACAAGCGCGCAAGGUUGUCGACGCCAUCAGACAGACGCCUAUCUGUGACCAACAGAUCCCCACGAGCAGCAACGAUUGGUUCGCCAGCUCUGCUGCUCGGUUGAGCCGCCCACUAGGACGGCCUCGCAUCGUGGGCGUUUUUCAGAACGCGCCGCUGGAGACUGUCCUGCAUACGGUUGAGACUCUUGAGCUCGAUGCCUGCCAGCUGCAUGGCACUGAACCCGCAGAAUGGGCUCAUCUCAUCAGCGUGCCCGUCAUUCGAGCGUUUCAUGUCGAUCAACACAUGCAACAGAGCGACAUUGCAAAAGACCCUUCGCUCGCUCAAGCUUCAAGGCCAAAUCUGCAUGCACUUGCGCUCUUCGACACCAAGAUAGCAACAGACGCCCAAGGCCUGUCGGGUGGCGCUGGCAAAGCGUUCGAUUGGACAGUAGCGCGAAUGAUCGCCGAUGCCAGGACGAAAGAUGGCUUGCCUGCCUUGCCGUUUCUGCUCGCAGGCGGUAUCGACGUUUCCAAUAUUGCCAGCGCAAUACGACAGACCCAGCCGUGGGCAGUCGACAUCAGUGGCGGCGUAGAAACAGACGGCGUCAAAGACAUUGGCAAGAUCGAGGCGCUCUUGAAGGCAGCCCGUGAGGCCUGA